AUGACCUACUCACCUGUCUGGCUAUGCAAGUAUCGCCGCUCAAGCAAUAUGCGAUACCACUUCGCUCUUUUCAUACCAAACAAGGCCUAUGUCUCGCAGAAUCCACAAGACAAGAACGAGGUGUGCAAAGGCACUAUUAUCCACGUUGUGGGUGCACCAAUGGCAGGCUAUUCACACGAGUUCAAGCGCAACUACGAUACCAGUACCUCGGACCAGCUCCGUGGUCUUGUCCAUAUAGGCCACGUUGAUCAGGGUCUGGUCUAUGAACCACCUACGGAGGACUUUAGUAGGCACAGCUCUGCAAUGAGCUCACUUGAACGAGUUGCACUCCAGAUUCAAGCCCCUCGUGCUAGCGAGAAUUUCAUGGCUCCCGUGAACGAUACAACGAACCGACGAUGCCAGGAAUGGACUGUUGACUAUAUUCGAGCUCUAGUCCGCCAUGGCUAUCUCCAUGAGAAUGCUACUGCUAUUGCACAAGCUGAGAGGGAUCCCCCCGAGUUUGGGAUUGGCUUACAAUCUAUCGGCCAAGUAGGAGCACGCUCUCAGGGUGGGCGUGCACAAGCAUCUUCAGCUCAUGCAACGUCCCAGGCCCAGGUCAAACAAGGCCAAGCAGGCCAAGCAGUUGAGAACUCUGUGUCUGGAUGGACCCCAUGGGAGUGGUACGCCGACCACUCAAUGUGGGGAAGGUAUAGUGCAACAAAAGGCUGGGACUGGAGAGAUGCUGAAAAGCCUCAGCAAGGAGCCGAUGCCUCCAAGUCCAAGUCUGCUGCUCAGGCAGGUCAAGCAUCUGGGGCAUCUGCAUCUGGGGCAUCUGCAUCUGACGCAUCUGACGCAUCUGGGGAAGAUUGGAGUGCCUGGCAGUGGUAUGCCGAUUCCUCAAAAUGGGGAAGGCAUAGUGAAACACAUGGAUGGGACUGGAGAGAUCCAACUUAG